GUUCAAGACGACGUAUGGUGAGAUUGCCGAGUCUUCCUUGUUCCUUAACGUAUCCAUCGUCUACUCUCGCUCGAGUCUUCAUAGAUAUCCCACAGUCAUCAUGGAUAGCGCGUCCUUGUCGACGCAAAUGCAUUUGCGUAUGGACUCAUCAACCCCGCUCUGGAGCAAACCUAAGGACUUUGUGAAUCGAAAUUUUCGGUCCAAAGGACGCUUCCUCGUUGGUGCUGCUAUCGGGGUGUCUCUGGUCGCUCUCAUGUCUUUGGUCGGAUUCUGGCUUUGGGCAUCAUCAGAGGCCCCCCCCUUGUUGGAACUCACCAAGAACGUCGAGGUAGAUUCGUUCGAUCCCUUGAACGCCCUCGUCGGUGCGCCGACUGAGCACUUUGGUGACAAUCUUCGCCCUGACUUCAAAUACAUCACUUCCUGGAUAUCUGCUGGUUGGACGAAUGAUGUGAUGACCUAUAUUAAUCUGAUAUAUUUGGGCUUGAUAACUGACCGUGUACCAAUAUUGCCUAUGUUUAUUCCCUCGCAUAUUGGUGCCGCUGCAUCACCCAUCGCAUUUGGUGAUGUGUUUGAUGUUCCUCGCCUUCGCCAGGCGCUGGACAGACCUAUUCUUGAAUGGCGAGAUGUAAAGGAUCCGAAUAGCGCAGAACUAGAUGGACUCGGGUGCUGGAACGUUUGGGAAGCGACAUCACAAAACCACGAGAAGGGUCCCCGUGGAAGCAGUGUCCUAGGCUACCUGCAACUUGACGUGUCAUAUACGAGGAUGCCUGACUGGGUCAAGCUCAUUCAGAAUUAUGAACACGACUCUCAUACAACAUUUUGGGCGCUCGCGAAAUUCGCCUUUCCAGAGACGAGAAAAGCCAACCUUGUAACGCCACUCCCUUCGCCGAUUCUGAACAUAUCGCUUCCACCAGACGAGCAACUCCUUUGCUAUGAUUAUUUAUAUUAUGUCUGCGCCCAACAGCCAUUCGAAUAUGAUCACGACUAUAGCCCGGCAUGGCGCUUUGUUGCUCAGUACAUGCAUUGGGUUCCUUCGCUCGAAGCUCUGACGAAAAAAUAUAUCAAUCGUGCACUAGGCUUGGAAGACGACGGCCCCACACCUCCGUACGUUGGUAUUCAUGCUCGGCACGCUGACUUCAAAAACUACUGCUGGGGUGCACCGCAGGAAGAAUGCUUUCCCUCUAUGGCCGUCAUUGCCCGACGGGUACAGGAGGUUAAAGACGAACUGCUACAAACUCAAGGUAUUGACGUUGAACAUGUCAUCAUGACAAGCGAUGAAACGAACGCUAGCUGGUGGGAGGAAGUCACACAGCAGGGUUGGUUUGCACCAGAUCAUUCAAAGACGAAGGAACUUUACGGCGAUUGGUACCCCCUCCUCAUUGAUGCAGUGAUACAGUCGGGCGGUGUUGGAUUUGUUGGUACGGAUAGAUCUACCAUGUCGGUACUAGCCAGACGACGCGUCGAAUCGUGGCAAAACGGUGUUACGAGGACCAUUCUGUGGGGGACACCCCACGCAGAUGAUCAUAGGUAG